AUGUAUGGAGGACUGCCGAGGUCGUACCGAUCCUCAAAAAGGACUCUCACAUACACAGACAUGAAUAUCUACCGGCCUAUCGGCCUCAUCCCGUCAAUCAUGAAGCUACUUUGCGCCAUUCCCACGAACCGGACUCAGAGGCGCUUCGAGGAACGCAAGUUCUUCGCCCCAGAACAGGCUGGAUUCCGGAGCCACGAGGAGUGCAUGAGCCAUGCCCUGACCCUCAUUGAAGUGGCGCAGCGUCGCUUCAUUAGCGGCCAACAACCAGCUUACGUAUGCUUCAUCGACUUUCAAAAGGCCUUUGACACGGUCCCGCAUGAGGCUCCAUUUCUGAAGAUGGAACGAGUCGAAGUCUCCGGAAAGUGCUUACCGUUCUUCCGUGCGCUCUAG